AUGCCAACAGGGCCGAUCAGUCUGCCGCAACGCAAGUACGAUCCUACUCGAUUAUGUCUCAUCAGUUUCCCAAAGUUUGACUUUGGAUCUAGGGGCCGGCAGACGGCUGUUUAUGCCGCCGGGGCCAUCUUUGCUGCCGGAUGGUGGGUGUUUUUCGAUGCGUGUACGCUAUCGGCUACGAUGAAGCCUUCGCCCGAAUCCCCCUUCGACCCGGUUCCGGUCCACGUCACGUUCACAGACUGGAUUCCGGGUAUCUGUUCGACGGUCGGGAUGAUAAUCGUGAACCUUAUAGACAAGAAACGGCUGAUAUCCGAUGGGUCGGCCGGGGUAUCGUUCUCGGCACAUGAGGGCGUAGCAUGGAAAGCCCGCCUAUUACUGUUCAUGGGCUUUGCGCUGAUGGCCGGCGGAUUAGCCGGAAGCAUCACCGUACUUAUUCUCAAGUAUGCUAUUCCCGAUUGGGGCACUUAUGACGUCACUUACUGGGGUGUCGCUAACGUCCUGCAGAAUUUGGCCGUCAUGAUCUGUACGGUGGCUCUUUGGCUAACACAAAGUACCGAAGAAUACGAAUAUCCACUGUAG